CCACCACGGAAUUAAGGGAUUUUUUUGCCAAAGCCCGAAACGGUUCAGUUCGACUCAUCAAGGUCAUCAUCGAGGAUGAACAGCUUGUGCUGGGAGCCCACAAAGAGCUGUCUCGGCACUGGGACGCUGACUACGAUGCCUUUGUGCUGCCCUUGCUGGACGAGCAGCAGCCAUGCUACGUGCUGUACCGCCUGGACAGCCAGAAUGCCCAGGGCUAUGAGUGGCUCUUCAUCUCCUGGUCCCCCGACAGCUCCCCG